CAGCGAGUGUUGUAUUUGCUGUAGUUAAUCAUGCUUAAAGUUGGACACCAUCGAAAAAAAAAAAAAAAAUCGACUGUAUUAUAUCCCCACUGUUUCUUUAUAUGUACAAUACCAAUGGACCGAGGAAUGGCAGAAAGCAGAAAGUCACCCACUUGAGACAGUUAGUAGUAAAGCACGUAUUGUUUAACCGUCAGUUAACAAUUAGAGGGUGUCCCAAAGUAUCCUGUCUGUGAAAUCCUCUGACAAAUAUUUGCAGUCUUGUCAAUUCACCGACGCCUUUUUUCUCGCUUUUCUUGUACCCCUCGCCGGGUGGCAAACCUGUCCGUAGCCACACCCACCAACGCGCACCUGACCCGCAGGAGGAAGCGGAGGCACAAAUGUUGGGCUCAGUAAUUGUAGAUAACCGUAGGUCCACCGGGGACACAAUCUAAAGCCUUUAACCGGGAUCAUGGUCAAAAAAUACAACGUAUUUGUUGGUUACUUGCUUUGUUACAUUUCGGUGAUUGACAACAAAGACAUUUUCGAUGGGUUUACCUCCAAACUUUCCAAGCACUCCAUUGUAAAUCCUCAGGUGAUUCACAGACAGACAAGGAGUAUCAACAGACCGCCACAGUCAAAAGAGAAAUAUGGAGAGGAGACAAUAUCAUAUGCACUCAACAUAAACAACAGAAAGCACCUGCUUCAUCUAAAAACUAACAGAGACUUUUUACACCCAAACUUUGUUCAGUAUUCACGUGACGCCACUGGAAACCACAGCUCAUCAUAUCCGAAACAGCAUGUGCAUUGCUAUUACCACGGAGAGGUGGAGGGAUAUGAGAAUUCAGUGGUAGCGCUCAGCACAUGCGCCGGCCUCAGGGGUGUGAUCAUCUUUGGAAACGAGACCUAUGGACUCGAGCCAUUGCCACAGUCUUCCACCAGUGAGCACCUUCUGUACCUACUGAAGGACGUUCAGACUGAGCCUGUCACUUGUGGGGUUGUCAGUGAGCCUGCAUCAACGAUAAGCCAUGAACCCUUUGAACCUGGCCAAUCGCUGACUUCAGUGCUGCGGAGGAAGCGCAAUUUACCACAAACCAGUUAUGUAGAGUUGGUGCUGGUUGUCGAUAAUCUCAGGUAUAAUUUCAAGAAAAAAAACGAGACAGCGGUACGAGAGGAGAUGGUGGAAAUGGCUAAUCUACUGGACGGGUAUUACAAACCACUGAAUAUCCGUAUCGUGCUAGUGGGCCUGGAGAUUUUUAAGGAUAGUAAUCCUUUUGGUGUGGAUGGCUCUGCAGGAGAUGUGUUGGGGAGGUUUGUUAAGUGGAGGAAGAAUACUCUGUUACCAAAGAUCAAGCAUGAUAUUGGUCAACUCAUUGUUGGUCAGCCCAAGGCAUACGAUGGAGGUGUAUUAGGAAUGGCCUUUGUGGGUACUGUCUGCUCCGCAGCGACCUCUGGAGGAAUCAGUGUGUUCAGUGACAACAGCCUGCCUUAUGUCUCCACUAUUGUGGCGCAUGAGAUGGGGCAUAACCUGGGUAUGAAUCACGACGAUAGCCGCUGCAACUGUAAUGGAAAAAGCUGCAUCAUGGCAGCCGCGGUUAGUGGUUCCACCACUUUCAGCCACUGCAGUGGAGAAGACUUUGAGACGCUGAUCCUCCGUGGAGGAGGUGUGUGUCUGAGAAACCAGCCCUCCCCGUCAGAUGUGGUUGGUACUGCUGAAUGUGGCAAUGGCCGGCUGGACCAAGGAGAGCAGUGUGACUGUGGCAAACCAGAGGAAUGCAACAAUAACUGCUGUGAUGCUGCCACCUGCAGAUUUACACGCGGGGCCGCCUGCGCUCAGGGGAGCUGCUGUGAAAACUGUCAGAUCAGAGUUUCUGGAACGCCAUGCAGAGAGUCUCUCAACACCUGUGAUCUUCCUGAAUACUGUGAUGGCAAGGGUGCGUUCUGUCCCACGGACUUCUAUGUCAUGGACGGCCUCCCUUGUCAAAACAACGCCGCGUACUGCUACGAGGGCAGAUGCCAGACGUAUGAUUUCCAGUGCAAACAUCUCUUUGCAUCAGAUCCAGCAACGAAGGCAGCAGAUAUUUGUUUUGAACAUGCAAAUACUCAGGGAAACUUAUUUGGAAACUGUGGCAUCACCAGCAAAGGAGACUACAUCAAAUGUUCUGUAGCAAACGCCAUGUGUGGAAAGGUGCAGUGUACCAACGUGAACGUCAACAGCCCCCCUCCUGGUGCCCACGUCAGUAUCAAAAUCGUUGAGGGUGAAACUUGUAUCAAUGCCGACUUCAACCUCGGCACAGAUGUGCUAGAUCCUGCCUAUGUUAACCCUGGCAGCCCUUGUGAUAAAGGAAAGAUCUGCCUGGACUUUAAGUGUGUAAACGCCUCUGCUCUGUUGCCUAACUUGGACUGUGAUGCCCAGACCACCUGCAACAGCCAAGGGGUAUGUAAUGACCAAGGGCACUGCCACUGUGAAAACGGAUGGGCCCCGCCCAACUGUAACAGGCCGGGGCGAGGUGGCAGCGUGGACAGCGGUCCGGCUCAGAUAGACUACUCCCUCAGGAAUGGCCUGUUGAUAUUCUUCCUGUUGGUGGUUCCUAUUCUGGUCGUUCUGAUUCUGGUGCUGCUCUACAUCUUUAGGAGAGAUUCCCUGGACCCCUGCUUGAAAAGAGGCCGCAAGUCACGUCAUGCUCAAAAUGGAAACGCAAAUGGACAGUCAAACAGAAAUGUUCAGACAAGUGCCACAACCACAACCCAGCCUCCAGCUUGGAUUCCCCCUGAUAGGCCUGGAAAUCCACCAGCUACCUCAGCUCCAAUUUCUGGUUUAAGGUACGGGGAACUGGACUACUGGAAUACAGAAACGAGCAUUGCCCCUGCACAACCACCAGCUCCUAAGCAGGGGCCCGGAGUGCCCAAGCCAAUCCCGCCCGGGCAGCCAUCAAUUUAAUUCUCUUUUUACGCUAAAUAUAUGUAUUGUGAAUGUAUGAAGUUUACUACUUGCUUAACACUGUAUGAGGAGAUCAUUUUAAAACACUGUGAUGAUGAUAAUAAACUCACUGUAACUUGUUGCCGGCACCUUUUUAUAAGGUAGUAAUGUGGUGGUGGAUAAGGCUGGUAAAUGUAUAAUAUUUAUUGAUAUAUGUGGGUUUAUUAGAUUCCUGUUUAUCAACAAUUUUUGAACAUAAAAUGUAGAAAAAAAAUGUUUUGUAUUUCUAAUAUGUUUUUUUUUCCCCAAAGUAUUUUAAAGAUUUUGUGUAUUUUGAUUUCAUGGAUGAUAAUUGUAAUAAAAAAAAAUGAGAAGAAAAGAGUUUCUUGGAACUGUUGUAACGAUUCUGUACUUUUACUGUAGGCGUUAGCCCCAGUUUGUGUCCCUUUUGUACUGUAAUUAUAAUACAUGAGAGGGACAAAGUGGAGCUAGGUGGAUGUCAGAAAUAAGCAUGAAGCAAGAGAAUAUUUUUUGGCAGUGGCUUCGCUUAUUGUUUUGUGAUUAAAUUGUUAAAAGAAUCAUGUCCCUGAAAUGAAAUGCUCCCCCCUGGCUUCUUUUCCUUCCUAUGUAAGCUUUGGCAGUUUAGACA